GAGUAGAAGAAGAAAUCAACUUAGGAAAAAAGGAGCUACAGUUAUGGCCGCGUCAGAUGAUUAGCUAAGAGAAGAAAAAGAAAAACAGUAAUUUUAGUGGAACUAAGCGUUGUUUUUUGUCGUAAUGCAUCUUGUUGUUUUGUUUACACUUUGAAGUUUCUCCAGUAUCGCCGAUAAUGAUAAAAAUGAAGCUACCGAUGAAAACUGGCGACGAGACGGCGGAGGACGGCUCUUUGGAUCCAUCCGAGAGGCUCCAGGUCCCCAGGGCGGCUUCCCCCCCCUCCGUCUAUCAAAGGCUCCGGGAGCCGCCGCCCCGGGACCCCGCAUCGAGUCUGGACAGGGAGACCGUGUUCGAGUGGUUCGGACACCACCUGAACCCCGCCAAGCGGGUGGAGUUCAUGUGCGGGCUGCUGCAUAUGUGCCAGCCGCUGGAGCUCCGCUUCCUGGGAUCAUACCUGGAGGACCUGGCCAGGAAGGACUACCAUGUUUUACGGGACUUUGAGGGCAGGGCGAACAACCCGGGCGAUUUGGGGGUUCUAACGGACGUGACCGACCCGGUGGUCCGGUCCAAACUGAUCGUGUGUCUGUCCCUCCUCGGUUCUGACAGGAGGGAAUGUGCUGGAAUACUGUCCAGGAUCCUCAGCAGCGUGGACUUGUCCUUCAGGAGCUUCGGCUACCCCCUGUCCUCCUUCAGGGACCCGCAGCAUCACCUCCACCCGUUCUACCCGCCCUGUCAGGACGGGUCCGUGUGUGAGCAGAACCGGGUCGAACCGGCCGGGGGGGCGCUGGAGCAGCUGGCGCUGCUCUACACGCUGGCCUCCCUGCACCCAGCCUUCCACUUCCACCAGCGGGAGGUGAUCCGAGCUCAGCUGGGCAAGAUCGAGCUCUGCUUGGAGGAGGAGAGGCGGCAGCAGCAGCUGAGGAUGACCGCCCAGCCUACGGAGCCGAUGGCUCAGCAGGUGGACUACCUGGCCCCCUCGGUGCAGGACCAUGGAGAGCUCCCAGCCUCCCAUCCUCCCUGCCAGAGCCGCCGCUGCAGUCGCUGGGCGGCGCAAAGAGAAGCCGUGCAUAUCGAGGGGAUCGUGCUCAGAGGGAUCUCUAGGACAGGAGCGGAGAAGGAAUACAGCUUUGAUGUCAAGUGGUCGGACUCUUCCUCCAGCAGCGUGACCAAAACCCAUCAUGAACUGGAGAACUUCCUCCUUAAGCUUCCAAAGGAUCAGUGCACAGAGUCCUUUGAGAAAAGCAUUCUGCGACUUCUGAGCCAGGGGGACCAGUAUGAGAGCAGGGAGGUGGAGAAGAACCUCAGGGAAAGGUUUCUGUCUGCUCCGCCUCUUUUCAGACAGACCAGGAAGGUCUGCAGCUUCUUCAACUGUGACUCCGCCCACUCCUCCAGACCCGCUUGCAGCAGAUGCAACUUGCAGCCUGGAAAGGCCUUCCAGCCAGACUGCUCUGACGCCUCCAGUCAGGAAGAAGAGGGGUACGUUCAAGGGCACAAGAAGAAACACGCAUCUAAGAGUCCAAGUCAGCUGUCGUCGUGCACAAGAAGCCCCCAGGGGGACAGCUGGAGGGGAGGCCAUGCAGCAGAGCUGAACGGACCCUCUGACAGAAGAAAGAAAGGUGGCCCACCGAGGAAGAGCCAGGAAGCAGAGCAGCAGCUGGAUCCCAACAGGAGAAACCAGCCUACCCCUAAAACCAAGAGCAGGUUUUUACCCGUAGAGAGGGACAAGGGGACUAUAAAGGGUGACGGACCUGCCUUCGUGACAAACGGCGGCUUUCUUCCAGCCUUGUCCCCGCAGAGGAAAGCUGGAGCUUCACAUCCCGACGUGUUCGGGGAAACCUCGUCUGAAAGCUGCAGCUCUCCUUCCAGCCCUCAGUACCGAAGACGCCAGAGUCUGGAAAGCGACAACGACAACAACAAAGACACAGACAGCCACUCUGAUGACGGCGGUAAAGGCGCGGCUCCUGAUCUGUUCUACACGCGGCAGAGCGAUGCGGUCGCCAUGGGAGAUGGCGCCUCGGUGCUUCCUAUGUCUUCCAGCAGUCACAAGCCUCGGGUGGAGCCCCCCCUCCCAGAAGCCGGCGCGGAGUUCCCCCCGCUGCCCUACAUGCCCUCUCUGGGCUGCCUGCUCCCGAAUGGGGCCGCCGAUCCUGACGGCAAGCCGCUGAUGAUGCCGAUGGCCGUCCAGGGCCCCGGGAUGGUGGGGGACGCAGAGAAGAGGGAGGUGCUGACGACGUUCGGGGCCCCGCCUCUGGCCCUCCAGCCGCUAGUCCAGAGGUUUAGGACGGCGCUGUCCCAUAACCAGGGCGCUGCAGACGGACCCCCCGGUGCUGAUUCUGCCGCCCUCUCUCACCAGGCCCCUCUAAGAGCUCUGGGCUCCAUGUCCCCGGGGCCCUCCCCAUACUCUUCCCCCCCGCUGCCCCCACAGGAUCCAGGCCUGCCUCACAUAGAGGCCCCCCACUCCAAGCUGCACGCCCUUAGCUUACCAUCUCCCUACGCCCUGGCCCCUGUUCCUCCCUCUGUCCUGCCCCCUCUGGGGGCCCCUGUGGCCCCUGGAGUGGCUCCAUCUCCUGCGCCAACAGUUGUCCCCUCCAACUCCCCCGUGCCUCCCCCAAGCCUCAGCCCGGCGCUCAGCUACAGCGUGACGCAGACGGACUCGCCGUCGUACAGCAGCCCCAGUGCUUCCUGUGGAAGUGCUUCUGUUGCCCCUGGCAACCCAAACCCCGUUCAGCAAACCCAGCAGCAGCAGAUGCCCCCUCAGCAGCAAACGCCGCCACCCGUGGGAUGUGGGACCUGUGGUUGCCAUAACAACUGCGGCAGCCGCGUAGGAAGCUCCACCGCCUGUCAGCCCACCUUCUACUACCCCCACCAGAUGGCAGCAGCGGUAGCUCGCCAGAUGUUCGGCGUCCCUCAGUCCCUCCUCUACCUCACCCAGGCUCAGGCUCCUCCCCAGGCCAACGGACCCCCCACCCUCCCCCCGUUCUUCCCCACAGGUCCGCCCCCCGUACACCCUUCCCCCUACCUUCACCCUCACAGCCAGGCCGAGGCGCCGUCUCACAUGAUGGCCGCCGCCAACUACGGCCUCCAGCAACAGAUGGCGCAGGCCGGUUCCUUCUCCCAGCGCCUCUACCAGCACGUGUACCCAGGUCACCUGGGGAUGCCGCCCGCCACCCUGGGAGUGGGCGGGAUCAACAAGAAGAACGGCUCGGUGUCUUGCUACAACUGCGGCGUGAACGGACACUUCGCUCAGGACUGCAACCAGUCCACCAUGGACGCCACACAGCAAGGUGGCUUCAGGCUAAAAUACGCAGCGUCCAACAUUUCAGAAGCACUUGACAAUGCUGACUGAAGAAGAGGAAGGACGAUGGUGAUGGUGCUGAUGUCAUCAUGAUGUGACGGGCCUCUGUUGGUCCCAGGUACAGCAGCGCGUCCAAGCGCCUCUGCACCACCUGCCAAGGGCUCGGCGGACCAAGCCUCAGCAGACGUGCCUGACAGAUCUGUUGUUCCCAUGGAAACGACGCGCAGUCUCCCACAGUCAUGUGACCCCCUCCCCCCCUCUUCAGUUCCUUUGGACAUUUUUGCACUGAGGGUUGGAAAUUAAAUUAUUACUUAAUAGGAAGAUUUUAAGGAUUUUUUUUUUUUUUACUGAGAAAUAAGACUUGAGUCUCUGCUUAAUUGUUCUGAUCCACUUAUUUCUUAAGGAGUCUAUUUAUGUUUUUAUUUUCUUCGCUUGACUUUUAAUUGUUUGGAUGAAUUGUACAGCUGUUUUCACUAACCGGCAAAGAGUCCCGUAGAACAGAAGGAGGGUUUAUCUUGAAGUUCUCUGCACAGUUUUGAAUGUAAACCUUUGAAUUUAGGAAUCUGUAUAUUUAAGGAUUUAUUUUCAUGGAUAUAUUAAUCGGCUGCGGUGCAGAAUUUCAGGCGAGGAGACCGUCGCUUCUGAGACGUUUCACCGUUUUAAAAUAAGGAAUAUCCGAAUCGUUUGAUUCAGAGAGAGAAUUUUUCACAGCAGGUUCUUUACUUUGCCUCUGAUCCACACAGAUUAACUGUUGGUAUUUGCUUUUAGUAUAUAAAAGUAAUCCUUUUUUUUAUAUAUUAGUUGAUAUUUUAGAUAGAAUGAGAUGUCUGUUUUAAAAUCACACUAGAAAAAAAAA